CUCCCGGUGGCUCCGGAGCCGAAAGGAGCAUCCCGGGGCUUCCCGGGGCUCCUCCCGGUGCCACCGGAGGGGGGGGUCCCGGUACGCGGCGAAGGUUUCGCGGUACCAUGGAGCCCUCAAGCUUUAACGAGACGCUGCCAGAGCUUCUCUGCCGACCCGGGAACGGUUCCGGUUCCAUCAACGGGACCGGGAGCGGCGGCACGGGGAACGGCUCCGUUUGUGACCUCCUGAGGAGGGGUUUCCGCGGGCCACCGGUACCCACAGGGCUGGAGCUGUGGGCACGGCUGGUGCUCUAUGGGCUGAUCUUCGGGCUGAGCGUGGUGGGCAACGCCCUGGUGGUUGGCAUCCUGGCCCUCAACCGGCACCUGAGGACGGUCACCAACCUCUUCCUCCUCUCCCUGGCGCUGAGCGACCUGCUGCUGGCACUCUGCUGCAUGCCCUUCACCCUCCUGCCCAACCUCAUGGGCACCUUCGUCUUCGGAGAGGGCAUCUGCAAGCUCAUGGCCUACCUGAUGGGGGUCUCGGUCUCGGUGUCCACCUUCAGCCUGGUGGCCAUCGCCAUCGAGCGGCACAGUGCCAUCUGCCACCCGCUGCAGGCCCGCGCCUGGCAGACUCGCUCCCAUGCCUGCAGGGUCAUCGGUGCCACCUGGACCUUCUCCCUCCUCCUCAUGCUGCCCUAUGCCAUCUACAGCACCACCCGGGCAGGGCCCUUCAGGGCCGUGCAGUGCGUCCACGCCUGGCCCAGCGAGAAGGUGCGGCAGGGAUGGUACGUGCUGCUGCUGCUGCUGCUGUUCUUCGUGCCGGGGUUGGUGCUGUCGGUGUCCUAUGGCCUCAUCUCCAGGGAGCUCUGCCGGGGGCUGCGCUUCCAGAUGGACCUCAAGGGGAAGCCCCCAGCUCUGGUGGCCGGCGAGGAGGACGGGGACGGCUGUUCGCUGCCCGCGGCGGCGCCUGGCACGGGGCUGGAGCUGCGGGGAGCGGCGGGCGGCAGCGGCGGGGAGCGGGCACGGGUCAGCAGCUGGCAGGCGCAGCUGGCGGCCAAGCGGCGGGUGAUCCGCAUGCUGGUGGUGAUCGUGGCCCUCUUCUUCCUCUGCUGGCUGCCCAUCUUCGCCGCCAACACCUGGAGGGCCUUCUCCCCCCGGGCUGCCCAGCGGGCGCUGGCUGGCACCCCCAUCUCCUUCAUCCACCUGCUGGCCUACGCCUCGGCCUGCGCCAACCCCCUGGUCUACUGCUUCCUGAACCGCCGCUUCCGCCAGGCCCUGCUGGCCGCCGCUGCCCGCGCCGGCCGCUGCCGCCCCCGCGCCCGCCCGUGCCAGCCCCUGCCCCACCACCACCCCCAGGAGCUGCCCGCCGCCCCCACCAGCAGCGCCUGGCACUCCAGGGGCAGCUGCACCACCGUCAGCAGCCUGGGCCCGCCCUGA